GACUCUUUUAGAAGAAAUAAGUAUUUUUUUCUUCUUUUAUACGCAUUACUUUAUAUUGAGGCGGUGUAGCAGAAACCUUUAAACGCUCUAAGAAAUCCCUUUUUCGUUGUGCUCGAUGGAGUCCACUGUUAAUGAUUCCAAAAUGGACCAAAGAGUUGAAACCACUAUUGAAGGCACCGUGGCGGACAAUCAUGAAUUGACGAGUCACGAAAACAAAAGCGGGGAAAGUGCUGAGAUCCAGGAUGCAGAGAUGGAAAGCUUGGAAACGAAGGAAAGGGACUCGGAUUUAGGUAUUAAUGAAGAUAUUUCUAAUCAGAGCGAGUCCUCUGCUCUUAGCAGCACACAAAGUACCUCUGAACCAGACAGAGGAGCAGAAGAGAGUACAUCCGAGUCUGCGCCAGACUUCAGCAGAGUUACAGAGCAGUCUGUGUCUGCCGAGACGGAGCAGCCGGAGAGCAAUCGUCCUUCAGAAGAUGGCCCUCAAGGGGAAAACCCAUCCUUACAGAACCUGCUGUGCUCUAGUAGCAGUAUUAGCCCCUGCGAGGAGGCGUCGGAGGCUGCCGCAUCCAAGCCCCCGGGGGACGAGGCUGGAUCCGAUUACUACUUCGUCAAGUGGAUAAACUGGAAAGGGGAGAGGACGCCAAUUAUUACUCAGAGUGAAAAUGGACCAUGUCCUCUUCUGGCCAUCAUGAACAUUCUCUUCUUGCGAUGGAAGGUCAAGCUGGCCCCCCAGAAAGAGGUGAUCACCUCGGAGGAGCUGAUGGCCCAUCUUGGAGAUUGCAUUUUAUCUAUUCAACCACAAGAAAAUUCUGAAGCCCUGCAGCUGAACUUCCAGCAGAACGUUAAUGAUGCAAUGACCGUUCUUCCCAAACUCUCCACCGGGCUGGAUGUUAACGUGCGGUUUACCGGGGUUCAGGACUUUGAAUACACUCCCGAGUGUAUAGUGUUUGACCUUCUAAAUAUUCCUUUGUAUCACGGAUGGCUGGUGGAUCCUCAGAGCGAGGAGGCUGUCAAGGCCAUAGGAAAACUGAGUUACAACCAACUGGUGGAGAAAAUCAUUACAUGCAAGCAUUCGAAUGACCCCAACCUGGUCACGGAGGGCCUCAUCGCAGAACAGUACCUGGAAUCUACUGCCGCGCAACUGACCUACCACGGACUGUGUGAGUUAAUGGGCGCUGUGAAAGAAGAAGAACUCAGCGUCUUUUUCCGAAACAACCACUUCAGCACACUUAUAAAGCACAAGGGCCAUCUGUAUCUUCUGGUCACCGACCAAGGGUUUCUUCAAGAGGAGAGGGUGAUCUGGGAAAGUCUGCACAAUGUGGAAGGAGACAGCUGUUUUUGUGACUCCAAUUUCCAUCUGAUCCCACGUUUGGAAAAAGAGGCUUCCUUCAGCAACCCCCAGCAGCUGCAGCAGAGGCAGGUCGAUCAGGAUUACAUGAUUGCAUUGUCUUUGCAACAACAGCAGCAAGGUCCACUGGCCAUGAGUGAUCUGGAGCUGGCUCAGCAGCUGCAGCAAGAGGAAUACCAGCAGCAGCAACAGCAGCCCCUACCACCCCAGCAGGAGCACCCCCAGCCGCCUCAGCAGCCCAGAGCACAGGCCUCGGGUCGUGCCUCCGGAGAGCGCAGAUCACGACAGAAGCAGGAGUCCGACUGCACUUUGCUAUAGCCUGAAUCGUGCGACGAGAGAAGGAAACUUCUAGAGGUUUGCGACAAGCGGCCCUGAGAAAACCACUUCGCCCCAGAAGUUUGCUACAUCCCUAGGAAGAGGUCGUCCGGGCUGCUCCCAUUCUGACCGCAGCUCUUAUAUGUGUGUCUUUUAUCCCUUUUCUUAACACCCAAGGAAAUUAACUGUUCUUUUCGAUGUUUUUCUCAACAUGACCUAAAAUUCCUAGCAAAGACGCAUCUCUUGCUCUCUGUAAUGCACUGUACUUUUUUCCCAUAAGGGCUUUACUGAACACCUUAAAGAUACGAUUAUGAGCAGACUUUAACAAGGUUCCAAAAAGAGUCAAUGUGAUUGUAAGAAUAUAGUGUUAUCCAAGCACCCCGUGUUAUAAGUGGUACAUUCCUCAGCGCUUUGUGUGUCACAAUGUUAAUCAGGGAACACAUAGGGUGAUUUAACUCUGUGGGCUGGACCAUUUAUAGAGGGGUCAGGACAGCUAGUCAAUCAAUGAUGCCAGUCCUAACUUGCUGAGCCAGAUUACACAAUAAAACAAACUGAAACUCACAAAAUUCCCCUUUUCAGAGGGAGAAGGAGCAUGAAUUUAUUGUCUUACGUUUGCACCCCAUCCUUUUUUCCAAUACAGUUCAUACCUUUUUAAAUAAAUGAAAUUUGACAAAUGGGAAUUGUAAGGAAGCACAUGAAUUGAUGAUAAAGCGUAGUCUACAUUGGCUAAUCUAUCACAAACUGUUUAGGACGAUAGAUUUGCUCCAUCUGUUAACUUUUUUCUGUAAAAAGCAGGGGUGGGGGGGAUUGCAAACUAGCACUAAAUGGAUAUUUUGUAACAGACCAAAUAAAAAAUAUAUCAUUUUUGACCCUU